ACAGGAGGCGGAGGAGGAGGAGGAGGAGGAGAGAGGGAGGAGCUGCCGCGUGACCCGCUCCGCUCCCAAACUUGAAAGUUUAUCUGCCCGAAAUCAAGAGCGGCCGCGGUGCGCGCAGCGCUCCUUGGCACGGAGCGGAGGCAAGCGACCGGCGGAGCCGCCGCGCAGGGAGCAGCUGGCGGCGCCGCUGAGAACGAGGCAAGGCGGGGAGGGGGGGAUCACCCGGCGACAAAAACAACAGCCACCCCCACCCCCCAAAACUGGGAGACGAUCCAUACUAUUUGCUGGAGACCGAGGACUUGCUCAUCGGCGCACACGCGAGCCCGCUGUCAUUAGCUAACAGGACACACGGCUGAGCCGGGGGGGUGGGUGGGCGGAAGGGCGAGGAGUGUCACAAAAAGUCAUUACAACCUGAGAGAGAGAGGGAGAAAGAAAAAAAACUUCCUACCAAUGGACAACAGGAAGUGACCACCACCACCAACGGGGAGUCUCUGCUUGGAGAAACAAGCUGCAAGACAAAGAAGAAGGAAGGAGAGGUGAAAGACAAAACUGCCCAAGGUCUUCUGCUUGUGCGUGCGUGCGCUUUCGAGAGCGGGGAGAACAAAAGUCAGCCGGGAAGAGGAGACAGAAAGAGCGACGGGAAAGGAGACAGGAUGGAGGAAGAGCUAAAGAGAAGCAUGUGAAGAUCAAGGCGAAAGAGCAGCACAACGCCGAAAAAGAAAGCACACCGAAAAGAAAAGGCAUACGCAAAAGUUUCUUUUCCUCCUGGGAAGAAAUUACUCACGCACAGAAAUCAGAUGCCUUGCAGCCCAACUUCUGGGGAAAGCGAGAUCGAGAGAGUAGAGGACGCAGAGUGAAGAAAGAAAAGUGGGGGAAAAAAGCAGAAAGCAGAGCAAAAGAAACUGAGAGACGGGGGGGAAGAAAGCACGACAGACAGAAAAGCGAAGAUCGUGACCUUUCCCAACAAGUGAACCUUGCACAUAUGUUGUGUAAAGUGUGUGCAAAACAGAUUCCCUCCUGCGUGGUGCGUGUGUGCUUCGCUGCUGCCGCCGCUGCUGCCGCUGCCGCCGCCACCGACGCGGUCGGUGCCUCUCGCAGGCGGCGCUGCCGGUGCCGGGGAGACGCAUCAUUUGGCGGAGCGAAGCGGCUAAUUGCGGAGCCCCGUCCUUCAUUUACAUAUGCAGCCUGAGUCCGCUGGAGACGCGCCAAUCCGCGCUCGCCCCCAGCACCAUUAAUCGCCAUGCAUUAUUCACAAUCAUAAUUACUGAGCCCCAUGCGCGCUGCGCGCAGCCGCCCCAGCCCGCCGCCCCGCGCACUCCCCGCCGCCCCGCGCACACCCCGCCCGGCUCAUCCCCCGCUCGCUCACCCGCUCACCCGCGCACUCACUCACUCACUCCCAGUUUGGCUGGCUGGUUAGCCUUGCCUUAUUUUUUUUUCUUUUUUUUUUUUUUUCCCGGGGUGUUGGUUGCCUUUUCUGUUGUUUGUUUGGUUUGUUUUGCAACUCGACUUUUAUUUGUGAACAGUUAUUUGCAGUCCCCAAACCCCCUUCCUUCUUUCCCAAUUCCUUCCCCGCUCCUUGCCACCUCCACGUCGCUGAUGCCUCUGCAAAAAGCAGAGUCAAGACGGCUCAGUUAGCAGCAUGUCUCGUCGAAAGCAAGCGAAACCCCAGCAUCUCAAAUCGGACGAAGAGCUACAAGCAGAGGUAGUUUCUGAGCACGCAGUCCCGGGAGAAGGAGCAGAUGAUGGUGAUAGCGGGAACGAGAGCAGGAGUGGAAGCGAAGAAACCAACGUCUGUGAGAAGUGCUGCGCCGAGUUCUUCAAGUGGACGGAUUUCCUGGAGCACAAGAAGAGCUGCACUAAAAACCCCCUGGUGCUGAUUGUCAAUGAAGAUGAGCCAGCUCCACCCCCUGCUGAGGAAUUCCCUGAUCCCUCUCCCGCCAGCUCUCCCAGUGACCAGGCAGAGAGUGAAGCUGCUGAAGAAGGCGUGCAGGCAGAAAACAAUGACAGCUCUGAGGUAAAAAACACAGAAAAGGAAGAAGAGCCAAUGGAGGUAGAAACUUCUGCAGAGAAAAGUUUCCAGAAUAAAGGCACCUCAAACACAGCUACUCCUCUACCUCAGAUCCCUGAACCAUCUUCCAUGACAAGCUAUAACAUGCCAAACACCAAUGUCACGCUAGAGACUCUGCUGAGCACGAAAGUGGCAGUCGCGCAAUUCUCACAGAGUGCGCGGGCCACUGCUUCCACGAGCAUCAGCAGCGGGGUGACGGCUGUGGCCAUCCCCAUGAUUCUGGAGCAGCUCAUGGCCCUGCAGCAGCAGCAGAUUCACCAACUCCAGCUGAUUGAGCAGAUCCGCAGUCAGGUGGCAAUGAUGAACCGCCAGCCCCUGCGACCAUCCCUCAGCCAGAUUGUGGCUGCGCAGGCUGGUCCCGGACAGGCCUCCAACCAGCUGCAAGGGUUUGCCACCAGCGCCGCCGUCCAGCUCACUGCAGUCAUUCCUUCUGCCAUUGUGGGGCAGGCCACUGCUGGUCAGCCCACUGCCUUCGACGGCUCUCAGCACAUCUCGAGACCUACAUCCGGAACAAAUACACCCAAUAUAUCCGGCAGUGGCUCUUCUGCCCUGCCUGAAUCAGGUGUACCUUCCUCCUCAAACGCGAUUACAUCCAUAACUCCCGUUUCUGUGUCAAAUGCUCCUAACAGUGCUUCGCAGCCCCAGAAUGCUUCAACUCCACCUUCAAUAGGACAUGGAAGCCUCACCUCAGUAUCCAGCCUGCCAAACUCACUUCUACCUCAGACUUCAUCAAAUAGUGUGAUCUUCCCCAAUCCACUGGUUAGCAUCGCCGCAACUGCUAACGCUCUCGAUCCUUUGUCUGCCCUUAUGAAGCACCGCAAAGGAAAGCCACCAAAUGUGUCAGUGUUUGAACCCAAGUCAAGCUCUGAGGAUCCCUUUUUUAAACAUAAAUGCCGAUUUUGUGCCAAGGUCUUUGGAAGUGACAGUGCUUUACAGAUUCACCUCCGCUCGCAUACAGGCGAAAGACCUUUUAAGUGUAACAUAUGUGGAAACCGCUUUUCCACAAAGGGCAACCUGAAAGUUCAUUUUCAGAGGCAUAAAGAGAAAUACCCUCAUAUUCAGAUGAACCCUUAUCCUGUUCCAGAAUACCUCGAUAAUGUCCCCACCUGCUCUGGAAUCCCAUAUGGGAUGUCACUGCCCCCUGAGAAGCCGGUCACAACGUGGUUAGACAGUAAACCUGUUUUACCAACUGUCCCGACUUCCAUCGGGCUCCAGCUGCCCCCCACUAUUCCUGGUGUGAACAGUUACGGAGACUCUCCAAGUAUCACUCCUAUGAGCAGGUCACCCCAGAGGCCUUCUCCUGCCUCCAGUGAAUGCACUUCUCUAUCCCCAAGCCUCAACACUUCUGAGUCGGGUGUUCCAGCAUCUGCUGAAUCCCCACAGCCCAUUCAGAGUGGCUCAUCUCUGACCAAGGCAGAACCUGUCACUCUGCCUCCCACAAGCACACGGCUUGGGGACGUUUCUGCAGGUGGGCAAGUUUCUGCAGCUGCCACAUCUUCAAUUCCUACGGUGGUUACAGACAGCAGUGUUGCAACAAGCCUCUCAAACUCUGUGCUUCCAGCAGUGUCUGACCAGUUUAAGGCAAAGUUUCCAUUUGGUGGUCUGCUAGACUCUAUGCAAACAUCAGAAACCUCAAAACUACAACAGCUAGUGGAGAACAUUGAUAAGAAGAUGACAGAUCCGAAUCAAUGUGUCAUUUGUCACCGUGUGCUUAGUUGUCAGAGCGCUCUCAAGAUGCAUUACAGAACACAUACUGGAGAAAGACCAUUUAAAUGCAAAAUUUGUGGACGUGCCUUUACUACAAAAGGCAAUCUAAAAACACAUUUUGGAGUUCAUCGAGCAAAGCCACCACUUAGAGUACAGCACUCGUGUCCCAUUUGUCAGAAGAAAUUUACAAACGCGGUUGUUCUUCAGCAGCACAUUCGUAUGCAUAUGGGUGGUCAAAUUCCGAACACGCCACUACCAGAGGGCUUCCAGGAUGCCAUGGACUCCGAGCUUUCCUAUGAUGAGAAGAAUGUUGACACACUGAGCAACUUCGAUGAUGACAUUGAUGAAAAUUCUAUGGAAGAGGACCCGGAACUAAAGGACACGGCAAGUGAUUCAUCCAAACCCCUUAUCUCUUACUCUGGGUCAUGUCCUUCUUCACCACCUUCUGUGAUCUCCAGUAUUGCUGCUUUGGAGAAUCAAAUGAAAAUGAUUGAUUCUGUCAUGAACUGUCAGCAGCUGACCAAUUUAAAAUCCAUAGAAAAUGGAUCAGGGGAAAGUGACCAUUUGAGCAAUGACUCCUCAUCAGCCGUUGGUGAUCUUGAAAGCCAGAGUGCAGGCAGCCCUGCAAUGUCAGAGUCUUCUUCCUCCAUGCAAGCUUUGUCUCCUGUGAAUAGCAAUAGUGAAAGUUUCAGAUCAAAGUCCCCCGGUCUCAGUAACCAAGAAGAGCCACAAGAAAUACAAUUAAAGACAGAAAAACCAGACAGUCCACCACCCACAACUGAAAAUGGAGGCGCAUUAGACCUGACAUCCACCAACCCGGGAAGACCGGUCAUCAAAGAGGAGGCUCCUUUUAGUCUGCUGUUCCUGAACAGAGAACGUGGUCCCAGCCAAAGUACUCCUAGCCUGGUCACCAGUACAGCACCUACCAUGAUCAAAAUGGAAGUGAAUGGUCACAGCAAGCCGAUCUCUUUGGGUGAGGUUCCCUCGCUUCCAGCUGGAAUCCAGGUUCCUGCUGCACCACAGACAGUGAUGAGUCCGGGGAUCACCCCUAUGCUGGCACCCCCCCCUCGCCGGACUCCCAAGCAGCACAACUGUCAGUCGUGCGGGAAGACCUUCUCCUCAGCAAGUGCACUGCAGAUACACGAGCGCACCCAUACCGGUGAAAAACCGUUUGGUUGCACAAUCUGUGGUAGAGCUUUUACCACAAAGGGGAAUCUUAAGGUUCACAUGGGGACUCACAUGUGGAAUAACGCCCCUGCACGCCGUGGCCGACGCCUCUCCGUGGAAAACCCCAUGGCUUUGCUUGGUGGCGACGCUCUCAAGUUCUCCGAGAUGUUCCAGAAGGAUUUGGCAGCUCGGGCCAUGAAUGUUGACCCCAAUUUUUGGAACCAAUAUGCUGCAGCUAUCACUAACGGACUUGCUAUGAAGAACAAUGAGAUUUCUGUCAUACAGAACGGUGGCAUUCCUCAGCUCCCAGUAAGUCUAGGCGGAGGCGCCAUCCCGCCUCUAAGUAACCUUACCGGUGGCAUGGACAAAGCUCGCACGGGCAGCAGCCCUCCCAUUGUCAGUCUGGACAAAGCAAGUUCUGAGACGGGAGCCAGUCGUCCAUUCACAAGAUUUAUUGAGGAUAAUAAAGAGAUUGGCAUAAAUUAAAAGCAUUCAUUCCGAAUAACUGUUGGACCUCUACUCGACACAACACUUGUCCUGUCCCAUGUACAGCUUUUGAAGCUAAGCAUUAGUUUCCUGACCUAAAUGCAUAGGUUCCCUUUAAAAUUUUACCCAUAGCAGAAAUACAUAACUUUUUGUGGCUGCUGAAAAGUUGUCUUGCAAGAUCUGCAUGGUACUUCUUUCAACAGUGAGUUUGACUGUUACUGAGAACUUUGAAACCUUUUAAUUUAACAGAAAACAAACAAACCAGUUAUGGGAUAACUUCAUUAGAAACAGAAAGAGGCUAGUCUACAUUCACUUUGCUUCUUACAAAACUUACUAUCACCUGAGAAAGGGGGGCUUCAUUAUGGCAUUCUGUCACACUUAUUUGCUGGUUUUUGUUCAAAUUAGUUAGCAACUUGGACUAUGUUUUUAGGAAUCUUAAUCUUAAAUAAGUGAUUUAGUACCCCAAUGCUGUGUAUUAUUACAGUAUCCUUGUCUGUAGUAUUUAUAAUGUUAAGAUUAUGCGGGUAACAGACAAUAUACUAGCCCCAAACUUAAAUGAAGCUUUUGUACUGCAAAAUACAUCUGGCUAUGUGAUUUUUCUUUUUUCUUUUUCCUUUUUUUUUUUUUUUAAGCAAGUUUUGUUUUACUAUGAAUAAGUGGUUUCUUUCAAUGCAGGCAAAAUUGUGAAGUUUUAUUGGGAAAGAUAGCAUGCUUUUCAUGUGCAAGUACCUGUCAGUAACAAACCUUUUUUUAUUUAAAUAUUUGUAGCUGCUAUGUGGACAGUUGUUCUAUUAAAUGAAAAAAAAAUGUAGUGUGGAUUUUAGCUCAAUGAUUGGAAAACAAGUUACAGACAAACCUUAGCACCAUAAAUUAUUCACAACAUUAUAAACAGUCGUGAGGAAGUACUCCGUGUUAUCAAAGCUGCACAAUAAAAAGGUAAUGUUUGUAUAAUGUGGUUGCAAACUCUUAAUUUAUACUAUUGCACUUUUAGUAUUUUGUAUUAGGGAGGUUUGUCUAUAAUUUGAAACUGACAAAGAUAUCAACUAUUUUAUAAAUAGUACUUUGACUUAAGGAGUAAGGAGGAGGACCCUGUUGCAGUUUCUUGUUUUGUUUUAAGCUCAAACAAUGAGAGAUCUCUAUCAACUUAGCAGAAAAUUGCAGAGAACUGUCAGAUCCUUAGGAAAUAUGGGGACUGCUGUUUCUUAAAUGGAAAUUAUUCAUUUAACUUUUCUACGACGCCCACUUAAAAGCGUGACCACCCCUGACAGAAUUCUGAUACAUUUAUCUUAGGAGUGUGGUAUUAAUUCAAGUCUAGGAUAGAGGAAGGAGAAUAUUAUGUAGGUUUAAUUUUCCUGUAAUCUGUUCUGUCUCUUCCACACAUAACCAUAAGAAAGAUGCUGACUGCCUAACAAUAGUGGGAACAAAAGAAUUUUGGGCAGCGUGAGCAGUAGUAACACACAAAUGCUCCAUAUUUAUUUCCAACUGUCUGAUUAUCUUUUCAGAUUGCUCCAAAGCACAAUGUAUUCUGAUUAAUCAAAUAUAAUUUUACGUUGAUUGCAUUGUUGGAAUUAUGCUGAGUAAACAAAGGGAUUGGUUCCACUCAUAAGUUAAGCGGGGAAUGCUGAGGAGACUGGGGCUUAAUCAAAACUUGAACAGAAAAUGUUUUGUGUACUACCUCAUUUUUGUGUGUUACAAGCAUGGUGGAGUUGACACUCUGAACUUCUGUCCAGCAGAAUUGCUUGAGGGACAUUAUGGGUAGCUGGGUAACAGCGCAAGGAGUUUCAUGCCCCUGAAGAACGAAUCAGACAGUGAGGUCUUCUCAGUUAAGACUGAAAUAUAGGACAAUCUUUCUUAUAAAACAGAAAUCAUUACUGUAAGAGGAUGGACUAUUUCUGCCAUCACAUAAUGGGGUGAAAAGAGGUUCAAAGACUUAUUAGCUGUUCGUUUCUAUUAGAAAUGAACAAUGAACUCUACAGCUCCAUUUUCUACAAUGAUGAGAUAGAGACAUAUAGAUAUAAAUAUAUAUCUAUAUCUGAGCAAAAUUAUAUAUCUGUAACACCUCUACAAUAUAACAUAAUUUUUUGCCACAGUGUGUGGGUGGUUAGGAGUGUUUCCAAGCAUUAAAGAAAACUGAGGUGGCUUAAUGUUGCUGUAUUUCAGCAAUUGAAUGUUUUUAUUUAUCUGUGUAAUUUUUGGUGUGACUUUUUUUUGUUAGUAUUUGGUACCAUGUAGUGUUAUCUCUAUUCCCUAAAGGAUGUGUAUAAUUAAAAAAAAGAAAAAAAAUAAAAAAGAAGGAAAAAUAGAGAAGAAAAAAUGAAAAAGGAAAAAGAGAAAAAAUAUGUAUAGUGUUGUAAAUAAGAUGGUUGAUGAUGGUACAGUAAGACUGACCCCAUUUUGUAUUCAGGGUUAGGCCAUUCCUCUCUGCAUGGUGAAGAGAGACACUAUUUUUAUACUGUGAUACCAUGUAGGGCUAGGAGCCUCCCUGAAACAGCUGGGAAUUGUUACCUAGAUCCAAUAUUUUUUAUUAUUAAAUCUUGUUGGCUUGACACAUCUACUGAUUGAAAUGGAUGUCUUAGUCUAGGUUACUAUUUUUGUCAUAUGGAAUUGAAUAAAAUGCAGGAUGUAAUAUUAUUUCUGAAUUGCGUUCCUUGAUUACUCUAAUAACAGAACAAGAUAUGAGACUAAGGUCACUUGUGGUAGAUUGGUGUCAAUGACUUCUAAUCAUUGCAUCUGGAAAUCAGAGUAAGGUCGACACCGUAUAUUCAAAUGUUUUUCUAAUUUAUAUUAACAGUGCAAAGGGAUAGAAUUAUUAAAAUAACUUUUCCAAUGAAAAUAAAUUUUAAGAGCAUUUAUCCCAAGGCAGUAGAACUAAAAAUGACACCAAAAAGAAAAUUUUGGAGGGGGGAAACAGAUUUUGGAAUGACUACUGUUUCAAACUGACUGCUUUCUGAACAUUUAUCCUGUACUCUCUAAUGAAAAAGCCUCCUUUUCAGGUUGUUUAAACAUCUGCCUAAUAUUCAUGAUACACCUCAUGAUAAAAUUUGUGAACAAAUUUAUCAGGAGCAGUUCAAAUUCUAAAAUACAAAAAGGAAAAAAAUUGACAGCUCGCAUCCAUUCAUUCCAAAUGACAUAACCUAUAUGUUUAAACCCAUGGUUUUGUUUUGUCUUUUUUUCCAAUAUCCUCAAUUAUCAAAGCAUGUCUAACUUUAACCAAAUUAUUUUUUCACAUUGAUUUAAAUAAAAGUAUUUACAUUCUUAAGGUUAGGCAUGUGGUUACGUAUCUCCUGCAAAAAAGCUGUAUGUUUGAGUAAACUCCAAGCUGUUAUAUUCCGAUGGUGAAUGCCUGCUGCAUUUAAAACCGACAAAAGAUAAAUAAAAGAGAAAAAUCUGUA